AUGAUUUAUCUACAUUUAAUUGGAUUAUUAUUCUUAAUAAAUUAUUCUUGGGCAAAUUUAUCAUUAUGUUCAUCAAAAAACACAGGUUCAACAUCAGCAAAUUUUAAUACAUAUCAAUCAAAUGGUGCAUGUAAAGAUGAAUGUGAAGGUUAUUCAUUUGCUAUAUUACAAGGUUCAAAUUGUUGGUGUUCCAAUGUUGAACCAUCAAAAGAUGAUACAAGUGAUACAUCAGAUUGUUCUGAUAAAUGUCCUGGUUAUCCUUCAGAUUAUUGUGGGAAUGAAGAUAAAGGAUUAUAUGGAUAUAUUCAAUUAGGGCAAGCUAGUAGUACAGAUGGUGGUGAAUCAAGCACAAGUGAAACAAGUACAAGUACAAGUAGUACUUCAACUUCAACUUCAUCAUCAAGUACAUCAACAAGUACCUCAUCAACAAGUACCUCUACAAGUUCUUCAUCAACUUCAACUACUCAACAAUCAAGUUCAAGCUGGGUUCAACCUCCAAGUACAUCAGAAACUACAUCUGAAGAAACAACAUCAAGUUCAACAACAGAAGAAUCUUCAACUCAAUCAUCAACAUCACCAACAACAAGUUCCACAACAAGUUCCACAACAUCAUCAACAAGUACUAGAAGUUCCUCAUCCACAUCAAGUACUACAAGUUCAACCACAAGUUCUACAAAACAAUCAUCAACAUCAAUAACACCACAAACUUCAAUUAUUUAUUCAGUUAGAACUAUAACCGGUUCAGCACAAACUCAAGCAACAACACAAAUUGUAACAACAGUAACAGGUGUACCAUCAACAAAUCCAUCAACAAAUAAUUCAAAUAAUGAAACAAAUAAUAGUAAUGAUUCUAAUGAUACCCAAAAUAAAAAUAAAGAUGGAUUUUUCGAUUCAAAGGGGAAAGUUGCAGGUACUUUUACAGCAGUUGGUGUAGUUAUCCUUGCCCUAUUAUCAACAUUAUUAUAUUGUUGUUGUUUUAAGAAAAGAAAUGAUGACGAGGAGAAAGGUGUUAAUGGAGCAGGUGCAAUAGGAUUAGAUGAUGAUAGUAUUAAUUCCCUUACAAAUGAAAAAUUGGGUAAUGGAUCACCAAAUGGUGGGAAUGGAUAUGGAUCAUAUGGACAAUUUCAUGGACAUAAUCCACAAAAUUCAGAUAUUACAAUGAAUCCUGGAAGUAAUGGUGAUUUUAUGACUGUUGAUCAAAGAUUAGAUCCUAGACAGAUGUUUAUGAAUUGGGAGAAUGGUAGUAGGAAAAGUCUUGCUGAUGAGUUAGAUUAUAGUAGAAGAGUAUUGAGAGUUACCAAUGAGUGA